CAACAGGUGAAAGCGCGCAGUUGGUUUUGUAAUAGCAAGCAGUAAGCACACACGACAGGCCGAUAGCCGAAGCAAGCUAAUGCAGGAGCGUUAAAAGAGCGUUAAUAAGUAUAACUGUUGCUUUGCUAGUUUGAAAUCACUGUGUAACCGUUAGUUUAGUUGCGCGGCAAAUUGAGUUAAUCUUCUUCACUUUAUAAUUAAUUUAAAAGGAAAAAACGUGGUGAAAUUAAUUAAACGCAGUGAACUAAUAAACUUAAGUGUGAAUUACAACAACAAAACGGAAAGCAGAAGACAAAUUUUACAAGAGAAAAACGCAGUGCAGUUAAAGGAUUUACAGAAAGUGCAAUUUGAGUUAUAAAAGUGAAACAGGACCAAUUAGCAACAAUAUGCAUAAUCAAAAGUGUGAGGGGCAAUCGAGGUGUAAAUUCUUCAACACCAUUUCCCAUGUUUUACUCAUAAUCGCCAUAAUGAAUUUGAAACUCGCCACAGCACUUGCCGAGGAGGCCUCCGCCGGUGUAGCAUUGCCGGUUGCUAAUGAGGAGAAACGUAAUUGGCAGGCAUUACAAGGUCCAUGGGGAAAACGUGCCCACUACAACGAGCACACACUACCCGAGUCGAGUGAGCCAGAGGAUGAUGAACGUCUCGUGCCGCUUCUCAUUAGUAAUGGUGAACGCGAUGAACCAUUUCUGAAAUUCUCCAUGAUGUACCUGACCAAUGCUGGAACACUGGAUCGUUUGUUGAAUGAUAGGCAAGAGGAGCCGAGUGGAAUGAGAAUGAGUGAUGAUCUAAUUACUUCGUUUGAGGAUAAUGACGGUUUCGCUAACGCCAAUGAUGAUCACGAUAAUUUGCUGAAUGAGAAACGCGCUUGGAACAAGAUCAACGCAGCAUGGGGUAAGAGACGUAAUGCGCCUACUUGGAACAAAUUUAGAGGCGCCUGGGGGAAACGUGAGCCUGGCUGGAAUAAUCUCAAGGGCAUGUGGGGCAAGCGUUCGUCCAAGGAUUGGGCAAAAUUGCACGGCGGUUGGGGCAAGCGUUCCCUGAACUAAAUUGUUGCCAAGGCCGAAAUGUUGCCAAAUUUGAUGGUAAUCCUACAAAUGAAUAUGCAGCUACUACGAUGGAUGUGCUAAAUGGCGGUUAACGUUUUUCAAAAAAAA